CACUGACAUUAAUUCAAAGAAAUAUGAUUUUUUGCAGCUUUUUCUUCAUAUUUAAACGCGUUUAAUUGAAAAAAAUUAUUCAGUUUAUUGCAAAAAGUGUGCAGAAAUGGCUCCUCAUGAGUACGAUACCGAAAGUUACGUUAAAACAAUUGAUUUUAGAAGUGGAUAUGUUAGAGAAUUCUUUUCCCGCUACGGAGAUAAGCUCAAAUGGCGCGGAAAUGAGAAUGUCCUUGAUAUUGGAUGCGGUCCUGGUGACGUAACGCGUCAUGUUUUUUUCCCUGUACUACCUCGCAACUUCAAAAGUCUCUCCUGUGCGGAUUUAUCCACGAAAAUGCUCAAUGUGGCGCGAAAGGAGUUUCAUGGAAUGGAGCACGUUCAUUUCAUGCAAAUGGACAUUGGAAAAGACAUCUGUAGCUCCCUAAAUAGGAGUUUUGAUAAAAUUUUCUCCAGUUUCUGCUUCAUGUACAUUGCAGAUCAGCGUAAGGCCUUUCAGAAUGUUUUCAAUCUUCUAGCUCAAGAUGGAGAAUGCUUCCUUAUGUUGGUGUCAAAGGCCGCCCUCUAUGAAACUAUCUUUCAACUUGCUGAAACACCAAAAUGGGCAGAACGCCUCAAGCAUCAUCGGGAAGUUUUUGCUUUUCCCUACCGUGAGGAUGUGAAUCCCGAGAAAACAAUUAGGGAACUCCUAGAAUCAAUUGGAUUCUCUGAUAUUUUCGUCAAAAAGGACGAAUAUCCUUGUUUCUAUCCAACAAAAGCAGCACUUAAAGGAGGUCUCUUGUGCCUUCCGGACUUCCCAAACACUAUGACUGAUGCGGAGAAGUAUGAACUCAUGGAAGAUCAACUUAAACUUGGGAUAUCCAUUAAUACUGUGGAGGAGUUUUAUGAUGCGAAGAACGUGAUUAAGGAAGUUCCUUUCAAUAAUCUUACCAUUUAUGCUAAAAAACCAUAAUUUGUAUUUUCUUUGCAAAUAAAUUAAAUGAUUUUCCCAAAAAUUAUUAAAU